UGCGCUGCGAAGGAAGGUUCUACUGUAGCCAGUACCAUAGCUUCGUAUUGUAUGCGUUCUCGGAUAAUUUCUCCACUUUGAAUUCAUUCCUCGUGAGCGCAUAGCGCAGUGUCGCAUUACAACUGCUGUAGUUAUUUAAUGUGACAUGAAUACAAAACGGACCUGAUAAAAGGCUUGUUGAACGAGCUGAUAAACGUCAUUCCCGCACAUUUUUCGGUCAAUAAGAUGCUUGACACACAGUAGCCAAAGUUAGCUCAACUGGCCUGUUUGUUCGGACUGCAACCUAUCAUCGAAAAUUACUUGGUUGACAGUGUGACAGCAACGGAUCCUCCGCCGACUGUCAACCAAGAAGCUGUACGACCCGGACCCGCCAGAGGAGCGUGAAAAAAACAGAAAUAUCGGAGGCUGUUGUCUCAAAGAGGUAGCUUGCAGUGAUGCCCAAGGCAAUGAAGUCAGCCUCUAAGUCUCGGUCCCACUCCCGCUCCAGAAGCAGCUCACGAUCCAGAUCUCGGAAGCAUCGCUACAGGUGGUGGCAAGAGUGUGAAGAGUCGGACAACUCCCCCCCCCCCUCUCUCUUCUUCUCUACCUCCAAUUAAUGUCACCUCUCACAGCUCUUACUGACACCUACCCAUGAGCCACCUCUCUUUCCAUUUACUGUAACCAGCAGCAUCCUCAUCCUUCAUUUGGCCCAGAUCGGACCAAAUCUGAACCAAUCAUAGAUAUCUAUGUUACACAAAAUUGGAGCGUAUCACAGUACAGUAGAACACAGUAGAGUACAGUAAAGUUUUUAAAAAAGCAGUGUAUUGUUCAGUACUCGAGAAUAGAGUGGAGUAGAGUUCAGUACAGUACACAGUAGACCACACUAGAGUUGAGUACACUAUAAUGUAUUGUACUGAACUGUACAGUUCCGAAUACUGUUCUGAACUGAAUUAUACUUUACUUUACUAAAUUCUACUCUACUUUAAUAUGCUCUACUCUACUGAACCCUACUGUACUGCACUGAAUUCUACUCUACUGUGCUGUGCUGUGCUGUACUCUACUAUACUCUACGGAGCACUACUGUGCUGUACUUUUGAUGUCCAAACUUGUGAAACAUAGACGUCAAUGACUGGUUCAGAUUUGGUCCGGUCCGGACCGACCAAAUAGGGUCUUGUUUGGUGGCGGAGCUCAUUAAAAAUAAUAUGCAAAGGAGGAUACUAUAUAUUUCUACCUUUGUGUACCUAUUCAGGAUACAUCACCAUGAAGAGAAUGACAUUCAUAUCCAUAGUUAUGCAUUUAUGUGUAGGUCAGAUCAGAGACCCAUGAUGAAAUUCCUUUAACGCAAUUCUGUUAAUGGGUGUAAAUCCACUUCACUUAGUGUAGUUCAAUAACCAAAAUAGAUUUUUUCAAAGUCAAUGUCACGUAUACUCCCUCUCCGGCCUCUAGGUCAUCAGGCUGCUGAUUAUCCCGCACACCUGUCACCAUCGUCUCGCGUACCUGCGCCUCAUGACACUCACCUGGACUCCAUCACCUCCUUGAUUAUCUUCCCGAUAUCUGUCACUCCCCUUGGUUCUUUCCUCAGGUGUCAUUGACUCUGUUUUCAUGUUGGUGCGUUGUUUGUGUUUCGUGUUGGUUGGUUGGUUUAUUAAUGAAUUAAAACACUCACUCACUCCCUGAACUUGCUUCCCGACUCUCAGCGGACUCGUUACAGUCAAGGUGUCAUGUCAUAGCUGACACCCCAGUCUUUCUGCAGCUGUCCAUGGUGUUAUAUUUGAGUGUGCUUGGAAGGGGUUACAGUGGUGCUGAAGCAUACACUUUCUGAUUUCCUGCCUCAACCCAUGCAUUUUCUGUGCUUUAUGUUGAGUUGGCACUCAUAUUAACUGCAGAGCGAUAACAGCUUUCUGAUGUACUAGACCCAGGGUCUAGUACACUUUAUACAAAGGAAAUUGAUGUGUGUGGGAAAGAGCUCUGGUGCUGUGAUGGCACACUUGCCUCAGUGAGACUUGGUUCUUGGCUAUUGUAACGAGUUCUCCCACUACUACACAGGCCUUUGACUUGCACCAGAAACAUUUCAGAAUGAUUUGCAUUACCUGCACCUCUCUGAUUCGGGAGGGGUUGGGUUAAAUGCGGAAGACACAUUUCAGUUGAAUGCAUUCAGUACAACUGACUAGGUAUCCCCUUUUCCCUUACUACGAUAUUGGCAUUCCUUAAUAGGCUACAUGUUCAACAUCUACCUAGUGCUUUUACUAUGAUGUGUAGCCCUAAAUAUAAAUUAAUCUGUCAUUCGGCUGCAAUGUUCAUUUGCAAGGGAAACUAAUUUGAGUGUGACACCACCGGCCACUCUUGCUGCUGGCAGAAUUGUUUUGUGGAGUCUGAAAUGCAUGGCAGCUCUUCUCUGUGGAGUGGCACUGCAUGGCACUAUUAAGCCAUGGUCUUGAGUUCUAUGAGUUCAGAAAAGAGAUGGCUUGAACCUGCAAGUCAAUGCUGGACCGGGAUUGGCCUAUCACUGUUUACAGUGUAUGAAAUGUAAACCCUCUCGCAGUACAAGACGGCACACGCGCAAACAUGACUUAUUUUAGAUAUAAGCAUUCCAUGAAAUGUUCCUUCAUCAAAAGUACUGCAUUUACCCACAAAUCUUUAGCAUUUCAAGUGAAAUUUAAAUCCAAUGUAAAGAUAGCCUACAUUGUUUGGUUUGAAAAUGCUGUAUUAUGUAAUAUUAGGCCAUUUCCAUCACAAAACUGUGAUUUGAGCUGUCCUAAAUCCCUGUAUAUAGUAGCUGGCUGACUGAAUUUCUCCUUUUAGCCUAUGUUUCUGGGCAGACUGGCCAGCCAGGGUAAUUGGCAAGCCGAGCCCCGUCCUUUUGCUUUGAAGGAUUAGACUAGACAUUUUUCCCAUAUGGCCCAUGUGACUGCCUCUUUCCACUAGUGCUCAGCAUAAGAGAUGCAGAGUGUCUUGCUUUCAAUGUGAGUGUGCAAUGCUGCUCGGUGCACUACCUUCUCUACUCACUCUUUAUUCCAAUGAAAAAACACACUGGCUCUAGGUCCCGCACUCGCUCGCGCUCCAGAUCUCAUUCUCCAUCCCACAAUAACCGAGAGCGGAACUACCCAAGGGAGUACCAGAAUAAUAACCGCGAGUUCCGGGGCUACCACCGAGGCUUCCGGAGGCCCUACUACUUCAGAGGCCGAGGGCGUGGCUACUUCCCACGGGGACGCUUCCAGAGGGGUGGUGGAGGCGGCUAUAACAACUACCGCCCCAAUAACUGGCAGAACUACAGGCAGCACCCCCAACAGCAGCACCCCCAACAGCAGCAACAGCAACAACAACAACAACAGCAGCAGCAACAACCCCACAGCCCGAGACGGGGACGAUCCCGUACCCCUAAAAAGCGGUCUGGUAGCCCUCAUUCCCACAGCCACUCCAAGUACUCGGACCGCUCUUCCUCGCCCCGAUCCCGGCGCUCCCACCACUCCUCUUCCUCACAUUCCUCCUCUCCCACACGCAGGUCGGGCUCUGGGUCGGCUACGCAGAACCCUAAGGAUGUCAAGGAGGAGCGUUCUGCCUCCAAGGAGGUCCAGAAGAAAGGAGUAGGAGGAGGAGGACAUGGUGAGCCUGUGGAGAUCACAGGGGGGUCUGCAGGGCCUGAUGGGGGCGCCAGUGGGGACAGGCCCAAGGCUAACUGGCAGGGCGUGACGGAUCACAGCAACAGCACCAGCCCCAAGGGGUCAAGUCCUCAGGUGCGCUCAGCUGUUAUCAUUGGUCAGGGCGCUCCAGCUUCGACCCUGUCUAGUCCCUCUCCUAAAAGCACUAAUGCUAAUGGCCCCAAUUCCAAUGGUGCCCCCUCAUGGCAGAUACAGACGGUGGGCAGUUCACCUUCCACCAAAAGCCCUUCUCAGAAAAGCCCCACACCUGUGUUCUCUGGCUUUGGCUUCUUCUCUAAAGACGACAACCUGGCAGGAGAUAAAGCAGCUAUCUCCUCAGUGUUCAAAAGGUUCUUAGAAGAGCACAAUCAUAAGAAAACGCAGUCCAGUUGGGAGAAUGGCAGAGAGAUGAAAACCAAUGGUGGGGAUGUGGAGUGGGAGAAAGGGAAUGGCAUGAAGGCCUCUGGGGGCAUCGUUGACAGAGAGCCCGACAAAGGGCAGAAUGAGAAGUACAAGGAAGACUUUGACGAUGAGGGGAAUGUGUCGUUGAACCGCUUCUUGAAAGCCUCCCCUUUCUUUCCCUGCGAUGGCGAGGAAGAGGAGUUGAUACCCAAGCCCCAUCCCAAGGUGCUCCGCAAAGAGCAUGACCGGGAGGACGAUGAGUCGCCCAAGCCAAAGAGCAAAGUCACCCUCUCUGCCCGCGAGCUAUUUGAGGAGCGCUUCGGCAAGUGGGAGGACCUGGCCUACUUGCAGGUGGCUGCCAAAGAUGAUGAUCUUGAUGCCAUGGCGGAGGAGAUUUACCGCAGCCGGAAGCAGGAGAAGGCUGCGGCCAUAGCUGCAGCCCUGGCCAAGAGAGAGGCCAUAGCGGGCAUGCUCAGAGGCUUCUCUCCGGAGAACGUCAGCAAAGACAGGAGGAAGGAGAAAGCUGCCUCCAGCCUGUACCCCACACCCGCACCAUGGAGGAACUCUGACCGAGAGAUGUUCAUGGUCAGGGGGGAGGACUCUCCCCCAAGGGCCUCUGAGAAAAGAGGAGCAGAGUUCAGUGUCAGAAUGGAUUCUCUCAGAGAUGACGUGGCAAGCUCCUCUGGUGUUAUGGUUGGUGAGCGACGAUUAUCACGGGAUCUUGUGCAUCCUACUAAAAAGGAGCUGGAGUUUCGCUCUUUCUUCCAGCACAUUCAGGCCACACAGUUACAAAGGAGUCCUUCAGAGCUGUUUGCACAGCACAUUGUCACCAUUGUCCACUACAUAAAAGCACAGCACUUUCCAUCCAACGGAAUUACUCUAAAUGAGCGAUUUGCCAUGUACCAAAGAAGAGCUGCUCAAAAGGAAAUGAUGAAGCCAAGAAAGAGCCCAGAGAUACACAGGAUAAUUGAUGUUUCUCUCAGUGCUUUUAAGAAACACUCUCACCUGUUUGAGGGGAUGAAAAGCUCCGGGGAUGGCAGUUACAAGGACGAAGGUAAAAAAAUGAAGGGUGACUCAAUGGACCUUCGUCUGGAUAUUGAGCGCCGUAAAAAAUAUUCUACCCGGGAGAGAGAUUAUAAACAGGACGGGGGGAGAGAUUCAGGAGACUCCCCAGAGGCUAGCAUGGAGAGGUCCGCUGAGAAAUCCUCCAAGCACCACAAGAAGUCCAACUCUUCCUCCAGGAAAAACAAGAAGAAGCAAUCUCGCUCUCGCUCCUCCUCUUCAUCUGCCGAAUCUCACAGGGGAGGAGACUAUCCCCACAAGGAGUCUGAGCUCAAAGACGAGGGCUUUAACAAGGCCAGGCUGGGGCCUCGGGGGGACUAUGGCAGCCCUAUGGAGAGGGGACGAGGACGCGGAGGCUUUCAAUUUAGAAUAAGAGGAAGGGGCUGGAACAGGGGAAAUUACCAGGAAAACAAUGCCAACGGUAAUCCCCCUAACAUGGGCAUACCAGUUCACCCCAAGAAUGAGGACUGGGACCCGGAGUACACCCCCAAGAGCCGAAAAUACUACUUGCAUGAUGACAGGGAGGGCGAGAGGAAGUGGGUGGACAACCGAGGACGGGGGAACUUCCUGCGUGGCAGCAGGGGCCGUUUCAUUAUCCGGAAGGCCAGCGUUGGCACACCCAACAACCACACCAACAACAACAACAGCAGCCCCAAGUGGACACAUGACAAGUUCCAGGUCAACAGGGGGGAGGAGGAGGGCGAGCCCCAGGAGGAGGAAACGGAGCAGGACCACAAAGACCAGGAGAAGUCUGAAGACAUGGAAAACACUGAGCAGUGAGGGAGCUCAGGGAGAGUGAAACAUUGUACCAACACAGUGGCAAUGUUCUAUUGUCUCAAGUCAUCUGGGUCGUGUUCAAAUGGAUGAAAACAGACUGAAACAGGGGAGAAAAGGACUACCUGGACUUGUCCAGUAACGAACACUGUCCAAUAAGAAACUACCUGGACUUAUCCAAUAAGAAAAGACCCUGCUCUCAGCCUUUAUCCAUCAAAUGGCCGGACUUUGCGGAGAGUUGCCCGUGCACAAAUACACACAUUAGGAAUCAAUCAGGACUCUCUUUGACACAAUAUCUUUACACAACAUUAUGUUAUACUUUUGUCAGGGUAUAGCUAACUUGUGUUUUAUCUGCUUAUAGUAGAAACACUGUUAGACAGUGAACUGCUGUGUUGGAAUAGGAAAUAUACAUAACCAACCUCUGCGCUUGAUAGGUUAGCACCAUGAACAGUGCAUUGUGGGGUGUUAUGCCUCUUAGUACAGGGCUGAUGCAACAUUGCAUAACACUUUUUUAUAUCUUGAUGCGAGAAUGUCACACCUUUUUGCAGAGCAUGACAAGAGGAUAUUUUUGUGCCAUAGAUUUGUUCAAAUAUGUCAGACACAUAUUUAUCUAAUUAAAUUACUUUUGAGGCCAAACCGAUUAAUACUAGAAGAUAAACAUUUUAUUUAUUUAUUAUAUAGUAGUGAUAAAUCAUACACUAUUAUACAGUAGAUAUAUUUUUAGACUAGUUUAGCCAUCAACCUCAGAAAAUGCAGUAUGCUGUUUUAGGUUUCAACAAUGUAACCUAUGGAUUCAAAUACGUAACCUGCAUGUUCAACUACGUGACAUACCUAGUUGUUUUCAAAUGCGUAGCAUUCAACUACGUAACAUUCAACUUUGUAGCCUGGUAGAAUCUAAAAACAUGCUAAAGUACAGUUAGAGGCAAUCGAAUCCCCUUUUUACACGACAACUGGGCCAGUUUCUAAUGGUUUCUAAUGGUCUAUAUGGUAUGGUUUAUAGUGGUCUUGCUAGUCCAGCAUCUUGCAAAUUACCCUUCUGACAAUGGGACCAAAUCGGGUCAAAGGUUAUAUUCUACAGACCUGCAUUGUAGAGUGAAACAAGAGGCUCAGCAGUGGUGGAAAAAAGUACCCAAUCGUCAUACUUGAGUAAAAGUAAAGAUACCUUAAUAGAAAAUGACUCAAGUAAAAGUUGAGUCUCCCAGUAAAAUUCUACUUGAGUAGAAGUCUAAAAGCAUUUGAUUUUAAAUAUACUUAACUAUCAAAAGUACAUUUAAAAAAAUAUAUAUACUUUAAAAGUAUAAAUCAUUUAAAAUUCCUUAUAUUAAUCAAACCAGACAGCACUAUUUUCUUGUUUUUUAAAUGUAUGGAUAGCCAGGGGCACACUCCAACACUCAGACAAAAUGUGUUCUAUGAGUCCGCCAGAUCAGCGGCAAUAGGGUUGACCAAGGACGUUCUUUUGAUAAGUGCGUGAAUUGGGCCAUUUUCCUGUCCUGCUAAGCAUUCAAAAUGUAAAGAGUACUUUUGGGUGUCAGGGAAAAUGUGUGGUGUAUAAAGUACAUUGUUUUCUUUAGGAAUGUAGUGAAGUAAAAAUUAUAAAUAGUAAAGUACAGAUACCCAAAAAAACAAAUACUUUAAAGUUCUAUCUAAAUACUUUACACCACUGGCAAACAGAGACUGUUAAAUAAAUUGGCAUACCCUGUCUGCAAAGUCACAAUAGGCUACCUGGAUGUUUGUUAUCAUGUCUAGUUUGUUGAGAAUCCUGUAUUGGAUUGUUAUAUCUUGUACAUUUCAGAACUGUUAACUUGGUCUUGGGUUGGGUGUGUACUACUUAUUAAUGUCUCACCAUUGGAAGUCUGAGCCUCAGAAAUACCUGUGCAAAGUCAUUCAACUUUUGAUUAGACGGCACAAUUUGUAAUCAUUUGUAGUAAUUAAUGCUUCCUUUGUAUAUUAAGAAAAAUUGGUGAUCGGUUAGAUCAUGGCACACUCAAUGCUUUGAUGUGAUAGGUUUUCUUCAUUGAAUGGGGACUUUCCCCCUUGUGUGACGUCUAUGUUAAGUUUGGAUUGCAGAGUAGACUGUGUGGGGUGCACUCUUUAAUGUACAUGAUAAACGUUGUGGUUGACACAUUCAUGUUCAAUUCUAUGUGGUUGGGGGCAAUAACUUUUUUAAAUGGUUCCUGUAGCCAAUGUUUUUCAGAUGUAAAUUAAAAAAGAACUUUGGUUAAUUUAA